UAAAACAAUUUUCAUGUCUUCCUUUGGAUGAUGAUGAUGGUGAAGUGGUGAUGAUAAUGAUGAUGAAACCCCUCACUGCUCUGCAACCCUUUUCAAAAGUUGAGCUUCUUUCUCAGUCUCAAAAUGCGUCCUUUCUCCUUCCCCUGUUUCCCCUUUUCUCUUUUUCUUCUUCCUCUUCUCGGCUGCAGGCACUCCAAGAUCUCUUCUUCCUCGUCUUGGCUCUUCUUUUUCAUGUGGGCAUCGUACAUUUUCAACCCUUUUCUGAAGCAUGCUUCUCCUGCUUCUAGUUUUUAAAUCUCCAAAAGUUUCUGACUUGGGUCCUCUCAACUAUCUCCCUGGUUCGGCUUCACUCCGGCCGUCGACAUGAAAUUUGGUUUUCGGCGGCAUGAUUUGUUCUCAUCCUCUGGGCGAAGUCUGGAUGGAAGUUUCAGGAAGUCCAGAUCUGAUGCAGGUAUAUCGGCUCAUAGAAUGUCUAGCUUUUCUGCUUCAAGCAAAUUAGUUCCUACUUCCAGAAGAGUAUUCAAGGGGUUGAAGGACUAUACACAAAAACUUGUUGACCUCGGCUUAUUUACACAAAUUCUUGGGGAUUGGGUUCUUGAAAAUUCUAGUGAAUAUUCUGCCAAUGAAGAACAGAUUUUCAGAUCGCCCUUUUUGAUUGACGAAUUACGUAAGCUUGAUUUUGCCCUGGAUGGCAUUUUAUUUCAGCAACUUUUCCGUAUGCCUUGUGCACCCUAUGCUUCUAAUGACAUGAAAGAAAAUCAGUUUCUUGCACUGGAAGACUUCCUUCACACGAUUGUGGAUGGCUUGUGGCGAACAUUCUGGCAUAGAACUGGUCCAUUGCCAUUUUUUGUUUCUUUUCCCUAUCAUCCUGGAUCUAAGUUUUAUACGGUAGAAAAGGCAAUUUCCAAGGGAAGACUUGAGGGACUCCGCGGUGCAGCUUUGGUAUCAACAAAUGAGGACAAUUUACAAGUUCAAUGGGAUCAGGUGGUGGAGUUCACAUUAUUUAAAGAAGAUGUAUUGCAGGGAAAUGACCUGAGGCUUUCUACUAAUGCAAUUUGUGAAGCCUUGUUUUAUGGUUUUCAUAUUCUUCUUUCAAGGAGUUUGAGCAAGUACAGUGCUGUUAACAGUGAUUCAGUUUUUCUUCUUGUUCUUGAUUCUAAAUUUGGUGGGGUGGUAAAAUUUGGUGGUGAUCUCAGCAAGCUUGAAAUUAACUCAAGUAAUCCAUACCAAUCUGUGUCAGAAUGGAUCAAGCUUCAUGCUGAAGUUAGUGUUACCCCAGUAGAUCAGAUUUGGAACAAGCUAGGAAAUGCAAAUUGGGGGGAUGUUGGAACGCUGCAAAUACUUUUGGCAACUUUCUACUCCAUUGUACAGUGGAAUGGACCACCAAGGAGGUCAAUAGCUUCGCUUGUUUCGGAUCACAGCCUCCGUCUUCAAAAACGUAGGAUAGCAUGCCACCUCAUUGAGAAUGAAAAUGAGAUAGUACCCUUCCAACAAGCUAGCCAACAAGGAGAGUUCAUUGAAUCAGACAACAAUGAUGACGCGUCUUUAUGGAAGCAGGCAUUACGUUUGAAGCUGAAACAGGGCGAGAUAAUAGCAGUGGAUGAUCAGCAGCAGGGACAGAAAAGUUUCCAAGUACAGGAGUCUCUUGUAUUUGGGGAUUGUUUUCCAUACAGCGCAGUUUCUCCAGAAUAUCCCAGGGAAUUGUUGAUUCUAUAUGUUGGUGCUCAUCCAUCCCAACUAGCGCCAUCUUGGGAGGAUAUGAGCCUGUGGUACCAAGUUCAGAGGCAAACCAAAGUGUUGAACAUAUUUAAGCAUCAGGGCAUUUCAAACAGGUGUUUGCCAGAUGUAAUUGCUUCUGGUCGAAUUUUGCACUCUGGUCGCUGUAAGAAACAUGGCAGCAGGGGCCGAUGUGAUCACCCCUGGUGUGGAACUCCAGUACUAGUCACCUCUCCAGUUGGCAAGCCUCUUUCAUCCAUAUUUUCUCAGGAUGGUCCACUUUCCUCUGAGGAGGCAAUUUGCUGCUGCCGAGACUGCCUUGCUGCUCUUAGAUCUGCAGCAACAGCCAGUGUCCAGCAUGGUGAUAUCUGCCCUGAGAACAUAAUAUGUGUUGUCGACACCCAGGGUGCAAGAAAAAGAAACAAAUUUUUGUAUGUUCCGGUUUCAUGGGGGCGUGCAGUUUUGGAAGAUAGAGACAGCCCAGCAAUAAAUUUGCAGUUCUCGUCAUCUCAUGCCCUUCAGCAUGGGAGGCUAUGCCGGUCAUCUGAUGCUGAGAGCCUCAUUUACGUCCUCUUUUUCGUCUGUGGAGGAACCAUGCAGCAGCUGGAUUCUAUCGAAUCAGCAUUGCUGUGGCGUGAAAGAAGCUGGGCCAAGCGCUUGUUUCAGCAGCAGCUUGGUGAGGUUUCAGCUCUCUUAAAGGCAUUUGCUGAUUAUGUGGACAGCCUUUGUGGAACUCCAUACCCGGUUGACUACGAUAUCUGGUUGAAGCGACUAAAUAGAGCUGUGGAUGCUUCAGCUGAUAGGGGGAAACUAGUUCAGGAAGUAGCAGUAAGGAUGAGGAUAGAAGAUGUUGCCGAAUCCUCAGGAACUUCUGCAGGUGGCUCUUGAAUUUCAAUGAGCGACAAAUUACACUGGAGUUUGUUCUAACUUGGUGGAUUAUUGGAUUUAAAAAGUGUGCUUUCCUUCUAAUGCCGUUCGGGUUGCAUUUCCCAGCUAAUUGAUUUAUCACGAAGUUGCUUGAUUGAUAGUUGAUUGCAAUAGCUAGAAAUUCCUGUUGGCCAUUUUUGAAAUUGGUAAGAAGCUAAUGUAAAUGUGUAUCUAAUUGUAAUUGUACUCUCUUGUCUCUCUGUUUUUAGCCAAGAGAUGGUUCAUAUUAUAUUUCUAUUUAUUUUUUUGAGGGGCAUUUCUUGGUAUGCUGCAAA